UUUACUCAUAAUGCAGAAUAAUGUUUGUUAUAUAUGUGGUGGUGAUGAAUUCACUGUAAUCGAUGGUGCUUAUGUAUGUAAUGAAUGUGGUAUUCAGUCUCAGACUGUAAGAGAAGUGCAAGUAAAUUAUGGUGAAAAUAAUAGAAAUGGACCCGAUGAAAGUGAAAAUAGAGAUUAUGAAAUAACAACUGGGUCUCAAUUGAGUACUAACAAAAAACUACUGUCGUGGGAAUGUUUCAAUUUAAUAUUACUAGGACUUACACAAGAAGUAAUAGAACUUGGUGCAAAACCAUCACUGAAAAUUACAAUAUUGCAAAUAUGGGUUCAAUAUUUGCAAGUAAUUGAAGCUGCAUUCAUAUCAAAAAAAUCAAAAAAAUUUCCUAAAUUAAAUACUUCUAUAAUUGAUACUGAUGGUGAAAUUUUAUAUGGGAUUAAAAAUUUAAAGAAAAGAUUAUUAGGACCAAAACAUGUAUAUAAAGUACGUGGUAAAAGAGUAAAACUUCGAACAAGAACAUCUGUUUCUGCAAAUUCAAUGAAUCAGUCUAACAUUUCAUCCAUUCCGUUAUCACAAGGUCAACAGCGGUAUAGAAUUAAUCGUAGAUUGGGUAAAUUAGAUCUUUCUCUAAGAACUUCUAAUACUGAUUCGAUUAUCAUGUCUGAUGAUAUCAGUGUGCUACAAAGAAGUUUAAAAUCUGGUAAAGUCAAAGUUAAAUUGUCUUCAUCUAUGAAAAAAGCAUUGAACUCGAUGGAUUGUGAAUCUAUUCCUAAUGAUGAAAAACCUAUCUUAAAAAACGUUCAAAAAUCAUGGGAGAACAUAAAAUUUAAAGAUAAAAAAAACCAUUUGACUUUAAAAAAGUUAAUUACUAUCAUUCGUUUAGGAUUAUUAAUUAAUAAAGAUGAUAUUUACUUAUCAGAUUUACUUAGAUGGAUUUAUGAAGGACAUCUUCAUGUAAAUCGUGUUAAUCUUUUUUUACCUCCAAAUGUACACCAUAGUAUUCCAUUAUCAGCUAUGUUACGAAAUACAUCAAGGCAUAGUUUGCAUUUGGAAUUAGCCAUGUUAUUGCGGUAUUUACAAGCUGAACGACUACCUUCAAUUGACUUUAAAAAGCUUGCUGACCGAUUUUGUGAUGAGUUACAACUUCCUGUUGGUGUCACUGAAUUUGUUUGUAAACUACUGCUUUUAAUACCACCUAACAUGGAGUUCAAAAGAGUUUUACCUGAUCCUGAAAUUAGUGUUAUGUCCUAUAUACUUUUCGCUGUUAAGUUUUUAUUUUGUCUUGAUGGUAUUUCUGAAGAAUUCUCGUCUAGAUUUGCAGACAAUGUUAACAGAACAAAUAAAAUAGAAGAUAGGUUAUUUUGUUGGAAUGAUUAUGUCAAGUUUAUCGAAUGUAGAAAUGCUGUAGUUUCUAAGUAUAAUUUUCUGCUACAUAAACAGUUAUAUAGUAGUAGUAUUAGAAAUACUCAAUUAUUUAUAAAUGACUGGAAUAUGAUGCAGUCAACAUUGCCAGUACAAAAAA